AUGCCUCCCUUAUCACCUAAAAGAAAUAACAAAACUUCAGACAGUCAAGAUUUCGAAAUAAAAAAAAAUUCAUUAAAAAAAUUACGCUGCUCAACUGCUAAAAACAACAAUGACAAUGCUAUAGAAGCAUUAGUUAUCAAUUAUGAUGAUUACAAUUUAAUUGUUAAUUCAUCAGAUAACCGUGUCAAGGAGAUUUUAAAGGAUGUUUUUAAUUCCAUCAAUAGCACAGUCAACAGAUUAUCCAACUAUCUAACAACGAAGUUAAGUACCGUUGAUAAUUCAGAUACAACAAGUUCCGCGGAUGGAAAAGGACACACUUCCAAAGAUAAAGAUUUGGUAGCACAAAUGAAGUUGCUACUAGGAGCACCCGAUGAUCAUGUUACUAAUUUUGUUGACAUCAAUAACAAUAAUAACAAUAUUGAAUUCACCAAUGGCCUGUCUACUACCAAUACAGAUAUAAACAAUGAUAAUUUUAUUAUUUUUUCAUUGAUAUGGUUUAUUAUUAUACUGUCUAGUGUUUUUGUCAUAUUGAGUUUAAUUUUUAUUAUAUUGUACAUGUUUAAGAAUGACGAUGAGCUGGAGUGUAAAUAUAAUAAACUAAUGUCAGAAGAGUCUGUCUAUUAUUAUGAUGAAGAAGAUGAAGAUGAAGAUGAAGAUGGAGAGGAUGACGAAUAUGAAGAUUAUGUGGAUGAGUAUCUCUGA